CAGACAGCAACAGCUUCACAGCAUCAACUGCAGACUCUUCACUCUUAACUUCGGGUUCACUUCAGAGAAGGAAAUUCACACUUGAUUAAUUCCGUUCAUCAUCAUGUUGAGUUGGCUUUUCGGGUCUCGCAAUCCUCCAUCACCUCCAGCACCUUCUCCAUCACCUCCAUCUCCCAUUUCUCGGGAUCCAUGGAGAAAGAUCCGAUUUGAUGACAGAGCCCGCCGUGAGUUUGUUCAGAACUAUCAGCCAAGACAACAAGGCCGACAUCUCAGAGUUCUGCUCCAUGGACCACCAGGCUCUGGGAAAUCCAGCUUCAUCAACUCUAUUGACAGCGCUCUGCGAGGCAAAAUUACAACUCGAGCGCUGGCAGCCACGACCUAUGAUCACAGCUUUACUAAAAAGUACAAAAGUUAUAAAAUUGAGAAAAAAGAUCCUGGAAGCUUUUAUCCCUUCAUCUUUAAUGACACCAUGGGCAUUGAGAAGGACGUCAAAGGAAGGGUAAAUAUUGAAGAGCUCAAACUGAUCUUGAAAGGAAACGUGAGAGAAGGAUACAAGUUCAACCCUGUUUCUUCCCUGUCUGAGAGUGACCCCUCCUACAACAAUACACCAACUAUGGAUGAUAAAGUUAGUGUUCUGGUUUGUGUUGUUCCUGCCAACACACAAAUGGAUGAUGAAGUAAUUCAGAAGAUACGGGAUGUCAGAGAUGCAGCCAGUGAGUUAGAGAUCCCACAAAUUGCUGUUCUCACCAAAAUCGAUGAAGCCUGUCCUGAAGUCAACAAAGAUGUGAAGAAUGUCUACAAGAGCAAGUACAUCAAAAAGCAGAUGGAAGCAGUGAGUGCUGUGCUGGGAAUUCCACUGAACUGCAUCUUCCCAGUGAAGAACUACAGCUCAGAAAUCGAAACAGACAUUGAGAUGGAUUCAGUGAUACUGAGCGCAAUGAGAAAGAUCAUUGACUACGGAGAUGACUUCCUGAAUGACCAGUCUGCUUCAGAUGACAAUUGCACUUAGGAAAUCACCCUCAAUCACAACAUGGAACA